AUGUCUCUCUUCGCAGCCGCCAACGAUCCUCCUACCAAGCUCGGUAUCUAUCGUGUCCUGUCCUCUCGCGCAGGGGUGAGGGUAUCUCCUCUGGCACUCGGUGCUAUGAGUGUCGGUGAUAAAUGGGAGGCCUAUGGUAUGGGAUCGAUGAAUAAAGAAUCUAGCUUCAAGCUCCUGGACGCGUAUUAUGACAUGGGCGGAAACUUUAUCGACACUGCGAACACCUACCAGGACGAGACGUCUGAAGAGUUCAUCGGCGAGUGGGCGGAACAAAGAGGAAUACGUGAUCAGCUGAUCAUUGCGACGAAGGCAUGUCCGGAAUCUGCACACAUUUAUUAUUCCAUGCUCAAGUAUAGCACAAACUACAAGCGCGGGGACGACGCUGUUGCACAAAAGGUCAAUUACGUGGGGAACAACACCAAGUCUAUGCACAUCAGCGUAGAGGCGAGUCUCAAGAAACUCCGAACGUCGUACAUCGACAUCCUAUACCUUCACUGGUGGGACUACGAGACGUCGAUACCGGAAGUCAUGGACAGUCUGCACAAUCUCGUCGCCGCACAGAAGGUCCUUUAUCUCGGGGUCUCCGAUACCCCCGCAUGGAUCGUCUCUCAAGCGAACCAGUACGCUAUGGAUCACGGGAAGACACCAUUCAUCGUCUACCAGGGUAAAUGGAGUAUAUUGGAUCGCUCGUUUGAGCGUGACAUUAUCCCCAUGGCUAAAUCAUUUGGCAUGGCGCUGUCUCCGUGGGGUGUACUCGGGCAAGGGAAGCUACGAACGGACGCAGAGGAACAGCGACGGAGGGACACCGGAGAGAAGGGACGUACAAUGCGGGAUCCGAAUUGGGAACGUACGGAGGUGGAGAUAACGGCGUCCAGAGCAUUGGAGAAGGUGGCGGGUGAGGUUGGCGUAGGGUCUAAUGUCGCGGCGGUGGCGAUCGCGUACGUGAUGCAUAAAGCACCCUAUGUCUUCCCGAUCAUCGGUGGCCGAAAAGUGGAACACCUCAAGGCCAACGUAGAGGCGUUGGAUAUUGCGUUGUCCAAAGAGCAGAUCGAUUACUUGGACAGCGCUGUGCCUUUUGAUCCUGGUUUCCCUACGACAAUGAUUGGCGACGGAACAAGUUAUUCUUUCCUCCUUACGUCGGCCGCCAAGAUGGCGAAACAACCUGCUUUGCAACCCAUCAAACCCUGA